CCUGUCCUGGCUCGCCCUGGCCGCUCGUCCCCGCCUCCCGGCGCAUCUCUGACCCAGGCAUCCCUUCAACCCGGCCUGCGCAGGUCUGGAGUGGCGGGACGCGGCUGUGGCGGCGGUGCCUAGCUGGUGUGGGAAGCCAAGGUAGGAAAGGCGAACUCGAGUGGGUGGUGAGAGGCCAGUCGAGUCCGUGGGAGCCUGGGAAGCUGGAGAGGAGCGAGACAGCCAGGGUGCGCUGCGCGCUCUGCGCUGCCCGGGCCGGGGCGGACGCGUGCGGUGUCUCUGAGUCCUCGGAGAGGCGCCCCAGCCCCUGCAGAGAUCUUGCUUGCCUGAGCUCCGGGACCAGGACACCCAGAGCCAGGAGGUUGGCGGAGAGGCACCCGAGAAAGAAAACACCGAUUUGGAGAGUCCGCCUAGGGGAGACACAGAGCCUGAACGGAUGGAGGAACAAUGCCGCCUCCAGAAGCAAAGCCUUUCUUGAACCUUCGCUGGAGUGUAGAGUCUGCUUUCUGCUCUGCUCUCCCUGGGCCUUGAGGCUACUUCUGGGCUUGGUUCCGCCUCUUAGUUUGACAGGAUUUAGAAAGUUGCUCUUCUUCUCUGUAACGUUUCCUGCGAAGUGGCUUUCAGAUCUGCGUGCUGGUUCGAGUCAAGAUGUCACUUUCUAGAUCCCCGCGAGGAGCGACUAAUAGAUUAUGCAUUGUUGGGCAAUAAACUCUCCGGGGAAGAGAAGGGUAGUCCACGGAAACGUUUAAUCCAGUCUCCACUGACUCCUGCCUGCCUCAGCACAAUGCCUUAAAAUCACCUGAUGGCAAGGUCUGCUCCUCUGCCUGGAUUUAUUCCCUAGAAUCUAUGAACAUUCAUGGCAUCAAAAUCAUGGAGCUUGUUCUAGUUUAAUAUAGACCCACAGUUAACUGGAUUUGAUUGCCAAGAGGGAAAUCUACAGUCAAUGGCCACUCACACCACACUGCUGCUAUGGAAAGCAGACCGGUCAAUAGGAGAUGGUCUGAUGAGUAGUGAGGAUUGAAGAUGCUGCUUCAACCUGUGGGAAAUCAAUGGGAGAUCCUUGCUGAGUGAAGGGUACCUCGAGCAUUCCUUCCCAGGCUAACAUUUGAGAAGCUGGAGGUGCAUUCUACCAUCGUUUCAAGGUUCCCAAGUGGAUACAGAUAUAUUUGCCUCACUGCACCAGAGAGCUAGACAACUAAUGUGGGACCAUGGCACGUCCCAGAAGCAUGUGGCCAAAUUAUGUUUGGAGAGCCAUGAUGGCUUGUGUGGUACACAGGGGGUUGGGUGCCCCGUUGACUCUCUGCUUGUUGGGAUGUUUGCUGCAGACUGUCCAUGUGCUCUCUCAAAAAUUGGAUGAAGUAGACCCAUUGGUUACCACUAACUUUGGCAAGAUAAGAGGAAUUAAGAAAGAACUCAAUAAUGAAAUUUUGGGGCCUGUCAUUCAGUUUCUUGGGGUUCCAUAUGCUGCUCCACCAACAGGUGAACAUCGUUUUCAGCCUCCAGAACCACCAUCUCCCUGGUCUGAUAUCCGGAAUGCUACUCAAUUUGCUCCUGUAUGUCCCCAGAAUAUCAUUGAUGGCAGAUUGCCUGAAGUUAUGCUUCCUGUUUGGUUCACUAAUAACUUGGAUGUGGUAUCAUCAUAUGUACAAGACCAGAGUGAAGACUGCCUAUACUUAAACAUCUAUGUCCCAACUGAAGAUGAUAUUCGGGACAGUGGGGGUCCAAAGCCAGUGAUGGUGUACAUUCAUGGUGGCUCUUACAUGGAAGGCACUGGAAAUCUAUAUGAUGGGAGUGUCUUGGCAAGCUAUGGCAACGUGAUCGUCAUCACAGUCAACUAUCGGCUUGGGGUACUUGGUUUCUUGAGCACAGGGGAUCAGGCUGCCAAAGGAAACUACGGGCUCCUCGACCUCAUCCAGGCCCUAAGAUGGACUAGCGAGAACAUUGGGUUCUUUGGUGGUGAUCCCUUGCGAAUUACUGUGUUUGGAUCAGGCGCUGGGGGCUCAUGUGUCAACCUGCUGACUUUAUCCCAUUAUUCUGAAGGUAACCGUUGGAGCAAUUCAACCAAAGGACUUUUUCAACGAGCAAUAGCUCAGAGUGGAACAGCCCUUUCCAGCUGGGCUGUUAGUUUCCAGCCUGCAAAAUAUGCUCGAAUGUUAGCCACAAAGGUCGGCUGCAAUGUGUCAGAUACAGUGGAGUUAGUGGAAUGCCUACAGAAGAAGCCUUACAAAGAACUUGUCGAUCAAGAUGUACAACCAGCCCGAUACCACAUAGCCUUUGGACCUGUGAUCGAUGGUGAUGUGAUUCCAGAUGAUCCUCAGAUACUCAUGGAACAAGGAGAGUUCCUCAACUAUGACAUCAUGUUAGGAGUUAACCAAGGGGAAGGGUUGAAGUUUGUUGAAAAUAUAGUAGAUAGUGAUGAUGGUAUAUCAGCCAGUGAUUUUGACUUUGCUGUUUCUAAUUUUGUUGAUAAUUUAUAUGGCUAUCCUGAAGGGAAAGAUGUUUUGAGAGAAACCAUAAAAUUCAUGUAUACUGACUGGGCUGAUCGUCAUAACCCCGAAACCAGAAGGAAGACGUUGUUGGCGUUGUUUACAGACCAUCAGUGGGUAGCACCUGCUGUGGCUACAGCAGACCUUCACUCAAACUUUGGUUCACCUACGUACUUCUAUGCCUUCUAUCAUCAUUGCCAAACAGAUCAAGUUCCAGCUUGGGCUGAUGCAGCUCAUGGAGACGAGGUUCCCUAUGUGCUGGGGAUCCCCAUGGUUGGCCCGACAGAGUUAUUUCCUUGCAAUUUCUCCAAGAAUGAUGUGAUGCUGAGUGCAGUAGUAAUGACAUAUUGGACGAAUUUUGCUAAAACGGGUGAUCCAAAUCAACCAGUUCCUCAAGAUACAAAAUUCAUUCAUACCAAGCCCAACCGCUUUGAAGAAGUAGCAUGGACCAGAUAUUCCCAGAAAGACCAACUUUAUCUCCACAUUGGCUUAAAACCAAGAGUCAAAGAGCAUUACAGAGCCAAUAAGGUAAAUCUCUGGUUGGAGCUGGUACCGCAUCUGCAUAAUCUCAAUGACAUUUCUCAGUAUACCUCGACAACAACGAAAGUGCCAUCCACAGACAUCACUCUCAGACCGACCAGGAAAAAUUCCACACCUGUCACGUCAGCUUUUCCUACUGCCAAACAGGAAGAUCCCAAACAGCAACCGAGUCCCUUCUCAGUGGAUCAGAGGGACUACUCCACAGAGCUGAGUGUCACCAUCGCCGUGGGGGCGUCUCUGCUGUUUCUGAACAUCUUGGCUUUCGCUGCCCUGUACUACAAGAAGGAUAAGCGGAGACACGAUGUCCACCGGAGGUGUAGCCCUCAGCGCACAGCCACCAACGACCUGACCCAUGCUCCAGAAGAGGAAAUCAUGUCCCUUCAAAUGAAGCACACUGACUUGGAUCAUGAGUGUGAGUCCAUCCAUCCACACGAGGUGGUUCUUCGGACCGCCUGCCCCCCAGAUUAUACCCUAGCAAUGAGGAGGUCACCUGAUGAUGUUCCUUUAAUGACACCAAACACUAUCACAAUGAUUCCCAACACUAUACCAGGGAUUCAGCCCUUACACACAUUCAACACAUUUACUGGAGGACAGAACAAUACACUGCCCCAUCCCCACCCCCACCCCCAUUCACAUUCAACAACCAGGGUAUAGCCAGAUGAGAGAGACAAACUGCUUUUUUUUCUGAUGGAGUGCAGUAAAGAUUAUUGAAGAUUCCUUGGCUUUCAACUUGGAAGACUCUCACUAUUUAAUUAAGGAGGAAUAUUAUGUGAAUAUACAUAUCAAGAACUUUGGGGGUUUUGAGAAAUGAAUUGUAUAUAGAUAUACACACAAAUCAACUUUAAAAAAACAAAUUUCAAUUGCUUGAAGCAAUUGUUCUGAAUGAUACUUUUUCAUUCACAUUCAAGAAUUAAUUUGUUGAAGAUUUAAGUUACAUACUGGAGUUAGGCAUGUGGAACACCAAACAGGAAAGUACUGUGUCUGAAAUACCUAAAAAAAAAAAAAAAAAAAAAAAAAAAAAAAAAAAAAAAAAAAAAAAAAGGAAAAGAAACGAAAAUCAACUAUGAAUAUGCACAAGGGACACACCAAUGGAAUGUCAGAUAAUUUUCGUCAGUUUUCAUUUGGAGCCCUUUUAUUGUGUAGACCAUAUUUGCAUAAGUACACAGAGCACCGAUGCUGUUAAUGACAUAGCAAAGGCUCAUGCUGAAUAUUGCCAGUAAAACAAAGAAGUCUACAGACUGGCAGGUACAACAUUAUCACAUAAGUGCUGUCAGUACUAAGUCGUGGGGAUCAAGGAGACUGGAUAUUUUUAGCACGAUGUGCAUGAUAAUUUAUAUGCUUGGUGGCUGUGCUGCUGAUUAAGACGUAAUUAAAAUUCUUCUCAUCCCAUUGGAGUUUUUAAUAGGAACUUCCUCCAUCAAUUGGCAGAACCUAAAGAAGAUUUUAUAAGGGGCAAAAGUAAUUACAAUAAAAUAAUUUGCAGUAGUUUCGAUAAUAGAGGGAAUAGUUAUUAAAGUCUAUGGAGAAACUAUAGGUACAGAGGUGAAUACUCACUGAUAUGAGUCCCAGAAAAUUUCCUUUGAGUUUAAUGUUCUUUUCAUACCCAUAGAAGUAAUUUAUAGAAAUACACUCUAAUUGGACACGUGUUAGCUGCAGAUCUAUAAUUUGCUGCGGGUUUGUUACUCUGAAGUUUGUCCCUUUAGGUCAGGUGAAGUGCCACAGUUUUCAGGGUGUAAGGAUGCCCCAAUAGUACCGCUCUGAUUACAGUCCUCAGUUAAUUGAUUUACUCAUGUUGCAUGGCAAAAUGUUUACUACUACUAAUUCAAGAUCAAGUUCAGUCCCCUUCACACUGCUUCUCUUUCUCACGGAGGUUCACCUGAAUUUCCUCAUGAGAUCUCAGUAGAGGACAACAUAGGUGCAGAAGCUAGGGCAGUCAACAGCUGGAGGGUUCAUCUUUCACACAUGUGCAAUUUCAGAUGAAUUAUCUAAGACCACAGGAAACUCUGAAACCCUGUUGUUUACCAGUAAUAUCAGUAUACCACAGACCUUUCCAAAUGUUUGUAUAUGUAAUCAGAUGUACAUUUAUAUUAAAGAUGAGAUGGACUUAAAGAGCACAUCCUGAUAAAAUGAUUUCUCUCUUAUCUGUACUAUAUUUCUAUUAGACUAAAGUUAUGUGAUUUUUUUUUACCUUUUUUCAGAUGACUAGCAAUUUUGAUAGUUUGUAAGAUAACGCAAAGGACUUUCUCUGACUAACUGAAGUAACAAAAACCUUUCUUUCCAGCUACCCUUUUUCAAGAAUUGAAAGCUUAUUAUACAAAAGAAAACACUUGUAUACUACUUGAUGGGAAGGACUUUGUGUAUCUAUCUCGACCACGUCAGUGGUCCCUGGGGGAAUAAAGGUAAUCUGGAUAAUGACAAUUAGACAACUGCUAAGAGACAUGGUCUUUGUCAUUAAAAAGCUAAAAUGUUUGUUGUUGUUUUGUCUUUUGUUUUUCCAAAAAAGAAUUCUAAAACAAAAGAAACAAGAGUGUCUCAGAGUCAUUUUUCUAGAACGGUCUGGGUUUGGAAGACAUCUAGGCAACUGCAGAAAACAUAGCUGUGUUCUGAAAAGCAGGUCUCCUUUCAAAUGAGACUCCAAAAACUUCAGUGCCACUAGCUUAGAAAUCCCAUUACCUGUGUGAUUUUAAAUACCCUUCCCCAAGGCACCAUAUAAACAUGGCGCCCAUUGCUUUUACUUAAAAACACAAGCUCUUACGUUGCUCACCAGGGGAAAAAUCUACCGGAAAAGAGAAAUAAAGGUGAAAUAUUUCAUGAAGUAAGCUAUCUCUGCUCAUAAUACAGAGUGGUUAGAUGAGGAUACAUUUAAAAAGUGCUCUCCUUCAAGAGAAUUUGCAAGUGCUAAGAAAGAUAUUGACCUAACACUAAAAGAUAAAAAUCUACUUCAAGAAACUUAUAUGAUUAUAGCUUCUACUCCAAAGUACUAAAUAUCAAUAAAAUGUUAAGAAUUGUUCCACUUAACAUACCGUCUCUGUCAUAAGCAAAGUCUGCAACAUCCAGAGUAGUCUACUCGGCAUUGUUGACUGAGCUGAUCACGCUUUAGACUUUGAGCUGCCCCUGCAAACGAAUGAGAAGAGCUGGGUAGCAGCUGAAGCACUCUUUAGUCAUCAGACUGACUUGCACUGUAUUAAGCAAACGGUGUGAUCAGAAACAGAAGCGACAGCAUAUAAAUUGUGAAUGGCGACUUUCAUGGUCAUUAAUUCCUUCAUCCCGUGACGUCUCAGUGGUUGUUCUGUUUCUAUCUUGUUAUGAAAACAUACUACAUUUCUCUAGUGUCUACUUUUUGACAGGACAGUUUCUGCUCAGUGUUCAUUUAGGGGAAUAUUUUAGAAAAUAGACCACAGCCUGAUUGUCUUCUGGAACUGAAGGCAAACAAAGCAAUCGGUUUUGGGGCCUGCCCUCUAGGGUGUGGCUAAGGGAUUGGGAAACAGUGUGAGCAGCUAGUGGGGUUUGUUUUUACAAACUCUGGCUUCCAGAACAUAAAAUGAUGUCUUGUAUUAACUGUCUGCAAAGCUGAAAUAUAGUUUUAAAUAAAAACAAACAUUUGGCAUUUUUAUUCAGUUUUACCUAUUGUGUUUGAUUGUAUUUAUCUAGAAGAUAAUUUCCCUGGGGUGUGGGUAAAAAAAAUACUAAAUUAAAGAAAUAUUUUAGCAUUAUUAAUUCAGAUUCUCUUAAUUGAAAUUAAAUAGCAACAAAACAAGUACGGGACUGUGAGAACUCAGAAAGACGUCAAGGCAAAAUAAACUUGUUUGGCAUUUUGUUUCUCUAUAAUUUUGCCAACAUUCAUCAAAAGAUUUAUGUUGCUUUCAAAAUGUGGAGAUGCCAGAUUUAAUAGUUAAAAUGUCAUUAAAUAACAUGUAAUGUUGAAUGUGGAUAAAAUCUAGUUUGCUAUAAAUAUCUAAUAAAUUUGAACACUACCAUUUAUGUCAUUUGGAAUAUAAUUUUCUGAAUCAUCACAAAUAUCCAAUUUAGAGACAUUUUUAGCUCAAAGCAGAAAUUAUGUAAUUCAUUUUAAAUCUAAAAGUUGAUCCAGCACAUACUUUAGUGAAGACAUUUGACACAUAGGAAAGGAAAAAAUAAUAGCAACACAAACUUUAAAAGAAUUUCUAAGGAGUCAAAGUGCACAGUGUUAUUCUGUUACCCAUGUGGGAUGCCUAUCUUCAAAUUCUCUACCUGUACUUCCAACAGUAAUGAUUUCACUGGUUGGUAUAGUCAGCCUGACAUGCAUAUAAACAUUCAGAAAGAAGACAGACAAUGGGGCAACUACCCCAACCUUACAAGAGUUGAAGCUUCAGAAACACUGGUGUCUUUUCUUUGGCAAGUCUCACUGAAGUAUUUUCACACAGCCAGAUGAUGAAUGGGAUGAAUGGAAUUCCUCGGAUGCUGUCAAUUACCAUGACAGUCCUUUGAUGCUUGUAAUUUUGUUUACUUCUGUGUGAUUGGUUCAAACUACUGGCCUUUAAUUCCCAGUAAUUAGCUGCUAUAGACUAUCACUUUUUAAUGUGAGUGAAAAUUUGAUAAUUUGGUUAUACUUGCUCCCACAUAAAUUUAAUUAAUGAGCACAUCCCUGCUGAGAUUUUGUUAUCAUCCAUUUAAUUAUCUUGCCAAGUUGUCUUCAUUUCUUGGUCACUAUAGUAAGGGGAGGUCUCCUGCACUGGGCAUGUGAACAAUAAAAACUCCAGAUUUUCCUUAAAACUCGAACUUUCCAACUGAUGUAAAACAUCAUUGGGCUGACUUGACUCUUUCCUUUAAAUUAUGGUUUGGUUUUAAUCUAACACUUAGCUGUAUUUUUAAGUCAGAAAUAAAUUCUACUUGUUUAUCAUUACACAAACACAAACUGUAAAAACCUUGUACAGCUUUUAAGUGACUUUUCUUUCUGGUGUUUUAUUUAGAAAAUAUCAUUUUGUUUUUAAAUUUGUACUUUCUGGUAAUAUCAUUUAAAGGAUAA